AUGUCAGAAUUAACAGAACUAAAGCAACGAAGAGGUAGGGUUAAAAGUCAAGUCACCAGAUUACAGAGCUUCUUUGAGGCUAACUCGGAAUGCUCAGCAGCAGAGGCACAGGUUAGGCUCAAAAAAUUGGAAGAACUCUGGAAUUCAUUCGAGGAAAUUCAGCAACAAAUAGAGGAAAUAGACAUGCAAGACGGCGUGCCAACGAAAGACGACAGCGAGCAAGUAACUUUCGAAGAAAGAUAUUACAGCAUAGCAGCUAAGGCACAGCAAAUAAUCAUCGAAAAAAAGGAUCGGUUACAAGCAACGUUGCAACAGCAACAACAAAGAGACAGCAGUCACAAUCAGGCAUCAACCAGCGGGCUCAGACAAGAGAGCAUCCCCUAUCGGGAAAGGCGAAACAAACCAAAGCUUCCCGAGAUAAAGCUCCCAGAGUUUAGUGGAGAAUACAUCAAAUGGUUGUUUUUCAAAAACAGCUUUGAAACCACAAUACAUAACGAUAGAAAUUUAACAGGACCACAGAAGUUUCAGUAUCUCAUCGAAGUGCUAACAGGGGAAGCACGAAAGGUCAUCGAAGGCUUCAGUAACGAAAAUUACGAGAAUGCUUGGCAGCUUCUAAAAAACACAUACGAUAAUGAAAUGAUGAUCAUAGAAACGCAUCUAGAUGCAUUAUUUAAUUUUCCGUCUAUCACAAAGGACAACAAGGCCGAAUCAAUAAGGCAGCUCAUAUGGCACAUACAAACGCACAAAUCUUCGUUGAAAUCCCUGCAUCAGCCCGUGGAUCAUUGGGAUACAAUAAUAUUGCAUCUGUCAAAAAAGAAACUUGAUUACAUUGAACAGCGCGAUUGGCAGGAUCGUGCAAAGGAUCAUACGCCACAGAAUAUGCCGAAGUUAGAUGAUUUUAUCGCAUUUCUGACAGAACGCUGUCACACAUUACGCAUGCUAAAUCAAAACAAGAUUACUCCAACAAAACAGCAGCCGUCUCCCAAAGACAAUCAGGAGAAGAAAACAGGAAAGAAGAUCGUAUUAGCAGCGACUUCACUUCAGUGCAAAAUUUGUAACGAGGCACAUCAAGUGUUCCGUUGUAACGAACUGUUGAAAUUGGCUCCAGACGAGCAUAAAAAAUGCAUUAUGGAAAAGAGGUUAUGUAUCAAUUGCCUCAAUACAGGACACCAAGCGAAGGAGGGUAGAGCAUCAACAUGUAAAAAAUGCUCAGGCAGGCACAACACGCUCUUGCAUAGAGAGGAGCACAAGAAGACAGAAGAGGAAAUCACAACAGCACCAGUUGUCGUACACUGUACAAAUGCAGUGAAUGUAUCAAGCGCAGCGCAUAAAAAUACAAGUGCGCAUCACAUUCUCUCCACAGCUCAAGUUUAUAUUCGAAACAGCGAUGGAAAACGAGUAAUCUGUCGUGCAUUGUUAGAUCCAGGGUCGCAGUUGAAUGUUAUAACAACGGAUCUACUGCAAAGGCUGAAAUUACCAUGGACUAAAGGUGACGAACCAGUCAGUGGAAUAGAUCGAGUCAAAACAGACAUUUGCAAGGUCAUUCGAUUAACAGAUCCGGCUUAUAAGGAGCCUGGAGAAGUUGAUUUACUUGUGGGAUUAGGUUUAUAUUGGAAACUAGUCAUCGGUGCACCAAGAAAUCGCAUUGAUGGUCAGCCAGCAUUGCAGAACACUAAACUGGGGUGGGUCAUUGGUGGCAGCUUAGAUUCAGGUAGCUCCAAGGCAACAGGUCAAGCAUCAACAUGUUUAGCAAUCACAAAUGAUCAACUGUAUCAACAAGUUGAAAAAUUCUGGAAAGUGGAGAAUCUUCCGGAAGUCAGGCACUACACAGCAGAAGAAGAAGCUUGCGAAAGGUACUUCAUAGACACAACACGGAGAGAACAGGAUGGUAGGUUCGUUGUCCGUCUACCUACACGAUCAACGGUUCAACUCGGAAAUUCGCGAGAUCAAGCUCAAAGGAGAUUGCAAGCAGUCGAGCGAAGCUUCCAAAGGAAUCCAGAUUUGCAAAAGGCAUAUUACGAAUUCAUGGACAACUAUGAGCAGCAGGGUCAUAUGUCAAAAAUUUCAGAACAAGAGUUUCAAGAAUACAAAGAGGUAUAUUUCCUGCCACACCAAGCAGUGCUACGACCAGACAAGUCAACAACAAAAAUCCGUGUCGUAUUCGACGCGUCAUCAAAGACGGCGUUGGGUACGUCUCUAAAUGACAAGCUCCUCACGGGGCCCAAUUUGCAAAAUAGUUUUUUUAAGGUAUUAAUAAAAUUCAGAAUGCUUCCAUUUGUCAUAAAUGCUGAUGUAGCACAGAUGUUUAGGCAGAUAUUGGUUGAUAAGAGAGACAGGGCGUUACAGCUCAUCCUUUGGAGACGCAACUCUAACGAGGAACCACAUAUUUAUCAGCUAAAUACCGUUACCUACGGAACUGCAAGUGCACCGUAUCAUGCGAUGCGUUGCAUCCGGGAAUUGGCGAUUCAGCAUCAAGAAGAAUACCCGAUGGCAUCAAAGGCAAUAAUCGAGGAUUCGUACAUGGAUGACAUACUUUCAGGAGGUAAUACACGUCAAGAAGUAAUCGAACUCCAACGACAGCUGUUCGAGUUGUUACAAAAGGGGCAAUUCUUUCUUAGAAAGUGGAGAUCAAACGAUCGUCAAAUCUUGCAGCCUUUACUAGAUCAGCGGCAUGGUGAAAUGCUUACGUUAGACAAAGAUGAGGCAAAGACGUUGGGUCUUUUGUGGUGCUCAUCAAGCGAUACGUUGCAAUACAAACUGGAUCUGCCAGUAAGGAAGAGCCUUACGAAGAGGACUGUACUAUCACAUGUAUCGCAAAUUUUCGAUCCAUUGGGUCUACUCGGACCUGUCUUGAUAAAGGGAAAGAUCUUCGUGCAAAAAUUAUGGGCAGACGAUUUGCAGUGGGACCAACCGUUACCCCUGCAACACCAAGCAGCGUGCACAAAUCAAAGUGGCAAUACAAGUUCGCAUCUUCUUUGUGCCAAGUCCAAAGUGGCACCGCUGAAAACACUCUCUCUUCCUAGAUUGGAGCUAGAAGCAGCACUUCUUUUGGCACAAUUGUACGACAGCGUUAAGACUGCUUUAAAAGGAAGAAUUCGUCAAGUUCAUUUAUGGAGCGAUAGCACAAUUGUUCUUGGUUGGAUAAAGAUGCAACCUCACGUUCUUAAGACUUUCGUUGCCAAUAGGGUGGCGAAGAUACAGGAGUUAACGGCAAGCGAGGCUACAUGGUGA